AUGUCCUAUUCUGAGUUACACGUGCCUGGGGCUUUUCACCUCGAGAGUCCCGGCACACCCCGCCGCCCGGCACUCAACGCAGACCUAUUUCGAGCACCCGUGGCUACCUCGCCGUCGAGUUCUCUUUUCAGCAUACCCAAAUCCAGGUCGCGAAACAACGACCACCCAGCGAUACCGACACCAGCAAGUUCCUACUCCAAAAGACGACGUGCAACCCCGAGACCUUCGUGGAUAUCCAGCCGCGCGUCUGCGCCUUCGCAUGAGUCGCAGACUCCAGUGUCCCACACCCCAGUGGAAAGUUCUUAUAGCGCCCUAUCAUCAUCAACCGGAUACUUCGGAAACCCAGGUAGCCUUCUAACCCCGCGUGAGACUGGUCAAAAGGAGCCCUAUUACGUCCUGGCUGGUCACAUCGAGACUCCCGGCACAAACGAAGUGGAGCAAUCGGCUCUUUUGGACGACGAUCUUGGAGUCAACCACUUAGACGUUGACGAUAGAAGGACUAUGGGAUAUAACUCUACAAUAUCUUCAAAGCGAUCACAUUGCGAGAUGGAAGAAGACCCUUUUUUGACCCAGACCCUUUCGACACCAACAUUGCGAACAGUGGCAAGACUACUAUAUACCGAUGUUACAGCACCUGGAAGCCCAAAUCUGCUACCUCGGUGGCCGGGCAACGGUUGGACGGCAUUCGCGGUCAACACCCCCAUAAACAUUAUCGGGAAGUGUGUUGGAAAAUGCUGGGAAUUCGUCAAAUCUAGCACGUUUGCGGGUUUCCAAGCCGGUUCAGGAGAUACAUAUCCUGUCCAACCAACCCGCACCGGAAACAGGAUGCCCCGCCGUGUGCCCUCCAACAACGAUCUUACAGGAGGCCUUGGCCUUAGCAACCCAAUUGUCUUUGGGAAUGGUGGGGGUGAAAUUCAUCACCCAGACGUACUCCGGUGUGAAAAAAUCCGGGACCGAGACCCAGCGUCAUCGCCAUCGCGGCCAGCAGUAAAGCGCAGGCAGCUCUCCGGCGUUCCCAGAGCCCCCGAGGACCUGCAGCAAUGGGUCAUGGUGGAUAACUCGAACAGGCCUGGUACCCCUGGUCGCAGAUUCUCCGAGUAUCCUACUGGUGUUGUCCGCGGGCAGAGCCCGAGCCGUAGCAAUAUACGCUCGUCAGUGUGCCAAGAAAAGCGACCGUACCCGUCGAGCGAGGCAUCAUUUCCGUCGAAUUAUGCAUCCUCCACUGCCACGUCCUACAACCGGCGCAUCAGCGUCCCGGUCUCACGUAUGGCUGUCAACGCCAACAGCACCCCCUCAAGAGCAUCGUCUCCAGCUCUGAAUCAUCGACCAGCAUCUCGGGUUUCUCACGCCGGCUCGGCCACCUUGACAUCUCGUCAGCCAGCCAGCUACGCCACACCGCGCUCCCCCGCGACGCCUUGUAAUGCUCAGUUCUCUCCCGUCACCACCUCAACCCCUAGUCGACUGCCUGUGGCUUCGAUACGCACUAGCCCUAAUCCCAAUGCUUUUGCUCGUCCCAAGUCCACGGAACCCGAGACCCGUCGUCAGUCGGUCUCCCUGGCGUCGCCAAUCCGGACCCCUACCAAUCAAUUCGACAGUGACAGCAGAACGAUGAGCAUAGCAUCAUCUUCCUCUUCGACAUGCUCCUCUGCGUCAUCUGUCCGCGCACACAGGCGUGCCCACAGCGCCGUGACGCCUAGCUCACGCCGCCGUUCUCUUAUCCAUGGGGUUGCCACCAAGGAGGACAAAGCCGCCGUCGAGUGUAGCAGCCCUUUGAUCUCGGACAACUCCAAGAAGAUCUUGGCCCAGAGGCGCAAGCAGGAUCGCGACACAGAUGCCCGCAUGGAGGCUCUGAAUGCCCAGAUGCAGGCCAUGAUCCGGCAGGGCAAAGAGGCGCUCGGAACGAGCUUCAUUGUCGAGGACGAUGACGAUUCCGACAUAAACGUUCCCAAGGGCGCCUCCACAGCGGGCGCUGGGGCUUGGGUCGAUGAGGACGACGACUAG